UUCUUUUUUUUUUCCCCAAAAUUGCGGUUCUGCCAUCUCAAUCAACUUUCUUUGUUGGUCUUUGUUCCAGUAAAAACCUCACUAGGGUUUCUCGGUGAAGAGUUAACCCUAAUUCCCCAAUUCCAAUGGCGGAUGACCGGGACGAGCUCAGCGAUUACACAUCGGAAGACGAAGGCACCGAGGAUUACAAGAAGGGAGGCUACCACGCCGUCUCUAUUGGGGACUCCUUCAAGAAUGGCUGCUAUGUGGUGCAGAGCAAGCUCGGGUGGGGCCACUUCUCCACCGUCUGGCUUGCGUGGGACACAAAGAGCUCGCGUUAUGUAGCUUUGAAGAUUCAAAAGAGUUCUCGUUAUUACACUGAAGCUGCGAUGGACGAAAUAAAGAUUCUCAAACAGAUUGCCGAGGGAGACCCUGGCAAUAAGAAGUGUGUUGUGAAGCUUUUGGAUCACUUCAAGCAUUCAGGCCCAAAUGGACAGCACGUCUGUUUGGUUUUUGAGUACCUGGGGGAUAACCUCCUGACCCUUAUUAAGUAUAAUGACUACCGAGGGGCUCCACUGCACAUGGUCAAAGAAAUUUGUUUCCAUAUAUUAGUGGGUUUGGAUUAUUUACAUAGUCAACUUUCAAUAAUACACACUGAUCUAAAGCCAGAGAAUGUUUUGCUUUCGUCAAUGAUUGAUCCAUCUAAAGAUCCUAGGAAAUCAGGUGCUCCUCUCAUCCUUCCAACCAGCAAAGAUAAAAAUGUGCCCGUCUCUGGGGCUUCUAAAGACAUUAAGAAGUUAAACGGAGAUCUCACCAAAAACCAGAAAAAGAAGAUCCGUAAAAAGGCUAAAAAGGCAACUCAAGGUUGUGAAGGAAGGGAAAUUUCGAAGGAUAUGGAGGCAGAUUCCACAACAGUUGAUGCGGAAGAUUCUAUUAAUGAAGUACAAUCAAAUGGGGUUUCUGUUCAAGAACAAGUGAAGGAUUCUGGGGUUAGUAAUGAAUCAGUAAAGGGUGAAGAAAAGGAAGAAACUCAAGAAGCAAAAGCAAGCCGUUCUGCAAGGCAGAAGUUAUUCACAGAAGCUGACCUUAAAUGCAAAUUGGUUGAUUUUGGAAAUGCUUGUUGGACAUAUAAGCAGUUUACUAGUGAUAUUCAGACAAGGCAGUACAGAUGUCCAGAAGUUAUUCUUGGAGCGAAAUACUCAACUCCAGCAGAUUUAUGGUCCUUUGCUUGUGUUUGUUUUGAGCUAGCCACUGGUGACGUUCUUUUUGAUCCACACAGCGGUGACAAUUAUGAUCGGGAUGAGGAUCACCUGGCACUGAUGAUGGAACUUCUUGGAACAAUUCCCCGUAAGACUGCAUUAGGUGGCAAGUAUUCCCGGGACUUCUUUAACCGGUAUGGGGAUUUGAAGCAUAUUCGACGUUUGCGUUUCUGGCCUCUUAAUAAGGUGCUAACAGAGAAGUACGCAUUCAGCGAGCAAGAUGCAAAUGACAUGGCAGAGUUUCUAGUUCCCAUACUUGAUUUUGUGCCUGAAAAGAGGCCAACAGCUGCACAAUGCCUCAGUCAUUCAUGGUUCAGUGCAGGUCCUCGACUCCUUGAGCCUUCCGUGGCUGGUGUGCAACCUCAGGCGUCCAACGGGAGUAUUUCUAAGAAGGUGGAGAAGGAUGAGAGGGAAGCAAUGGAGGUGGGAAUGGGGAAUAUAGCCAUUGAUGAAUCUUCAAAACCUGUUAAAGAAUCCCAAAGUGCACUAAAUUCAUCACAACAGGCAUGAUCAGUUGGUUCAGGUGUUUUUCUUUUCCAUGUUUUAUGCAAUUUGUUUUGUUCUUUUACCAUAGAGCUGUGUUUUUCUCUUCUUCCUUUUCCUUCUUUCCUUUUUUGUCCAAAGCAUUGAGCUUUGUUGGUUUUCCAUAUUCAUUUGUUAAUCCAUUUCGUGUUUCGGGGAUGCGACUUUGAUUGGUGCUUACCAGUAGUCUGCUCUAGUAUCGUUCUCAAUCGUGAUCAAAUUUCGAAGCACAUCUUGUCUUUGAUUACAAACAGUCUUAUCAAAUAUUUCGUUAUAUCCAAUUUUACGGUUCUAUGGAAGGUAUAUGUAUCAAACUUUCACUAGACUAGGUUUCGUUUAAAGAUUGAUGUUUGUAAUUUGUGAAUAUAUCGUUCCUUUGGGUGUA